AUGUGCGCUCUGUACUGUGAAUACGGAUUUGAAGUUGUUGACGGAUGUCAGGAAAGGCUCAAAAAAAGUGCGGGAAAUAUAUGUGUGAUCGGUACUGUGAAUACGGUUUUGAAGUUGUGGAUGGGUGUCCAGUGUGCCGCUGCAGAUCGCCGCCGAGGCUCGCCCGUUCCGCCCGGAAGUCGUCGUCUCCACGUCCAAAUAGCUUCUCAAAGAAUGCAUUCGUUUGGCGUCUGCGGCAAGUUCAACUGCAAACUUCGCUGCCCUAACGGCUACCAGGUCCACAAGGGUUGUGCCAUCUGCCGCUGCAGCUCAUUUCCUCGAAGUCCAUUUCCUAGCGACGACGACGAUGAGGAUGACAGAGAUCAAACUCAUGCAGACGGCCAGUGGAAUGACGUAUGA